UGAUGACCCUUAAUAUCGGAAUGGAAGAAGUAAAUAUAUAUCCACAGACACGUCUGGUUGGGUAACCCCGGCCCCUAUUAAAGGCAGACGUCAUGUUGUUCCACCACAAACAACCAGUGUCGUCCUUGAUCGUCCGAGAGGCAGAGCCCUCCGUAUCUCGGUCCACGUGCCUUGUUCCUCCUCUCCCGCCCCUUUUCGCUUCGGAUCUCCGAAACCCUAAUCGAUCCAGCCAUGGGCGCCGAGGGAGUGAUGGAUGGGCACUUCGUCUUCACCUACGGCACGCUCAAGCGCGGCUUCUCCAACCACAGCCUCAUCCAGGAGCUGGUCUGCGCCGGGGACGCCUCGUUCGUCGGCGAGGCCCGCACGACCUGCCGCCUCCCGCUCGUCUGCGGCCCCUACCGCGUGCCCUUCCUCCUCAACUUUCCCGGCGCCGGCGAGCACGUCGCGGGCGAGCUCUACGCCGUCUCGCCGCGCGGGAUCGCCCGGAUGGACGAGCUCGAGGGCACCCGCCGCGGCCACUACGAGCGCCUCCCGAUCUCCGUCGCCCUCCUUGGCCAUCCUGUAAGCCCCAAAGUGGAAGUGGCUGCGGAGGCGUACUACGCGCACCCGAGCUACGCCGGCGAGCUGUGGCGGCGCAGCGAGGAGAGGGGAUACGCCGGUUACUCGGAGAAGGAGGCGAUGGGGUACGUGAAGCGGAAGGAUCGCCCCCAAGACAUCACCUUCCUCGAGCAGAUCCGUCUCUUCGUCUCCUCGCCCUCCCCCCAGACUCAGACUUAGAUCUGAACGCGAUGGUGUGAAAUCGUAAGACCUGAGGUCAUAUCAAGCCUUUGGCGCCAUAUGUCUAUGGGUUACGUGUCUGUUCUGCUCUUUUAUCUUUGCCUCUCAAUCUACUCCGGCCGAUGUCAAUUGUCUAUUGAAGGAUUUACAUUCUGGAACCAAAUUCUCUGUUGAUUAUUGGUGUUGAAUUGAGUUUAUUAUCGAGUUUUUCAUUCUCCCGACCCUUGGUCAUGAAUUGAGUUUUAUCAUGGCCUUUGGUUCCGGAUUAACUU